CCCCCUAACGGAUGAGUGCAGUUUUGUGUUGUUGAAAAUUAGCAGUAGCAGAAAUGAAAUUUCUUCCUUAUCGCAGAAUUGUAGUGAAUAACUCUAACAACUUUGUGAUGGGAUCCAAAUAUUUUCUCCACAAGCCAUCCAUUUCUUUACCAACAAUAUGCAAGUCGAUUCCUGUACUUUUUCAAACUCAAAGACUCAUCUUUUCAGCAUUUGCUUCAAAACCCAUAUCCCCAAAUCGCGGAACUUCAAGCUUCUCAUACAGGCCUCAACGAAUUCCUCCACCAGUUUCUGGAGUAAUGCUGGAAGACCCAAAGGAGGAAAUUGCAGAGUCAGACCACGAGAAGGCACUGAAGCAGAAAUUGAGCCAGGUUGGAAUAGAUAUUGGUUCUUGUGGACCAGGCCAGUACAAUGGGUUGCUUUGUCCAAUGUGCAAAGGUGGGGGCUCAAACGAAAAGAGCUUAUCUCUCUUUAUUACUCCGGAUGGGCAUGCAGCUACAUGGACAUGCUUUCGAGCUAAAUGUGGAUGGAGAGGUGGUACACGGGCCUUUGCAGAUGUGAGGACAGCUUUUGCGGAUAUGAAAAGGAUUGGAAAAGUGAAUAAGAAGUACAGACAGAUAACUGAGGAGAGUUUGGGGCUGGAACCUUUAUGUGAUGUGUUACUCACAUACUUUUCUGAGCGAAUGAUUUCAAGAGAAACAUUGCGGAGAAAUGCUGUUAUGCAACAAAGACAUGGUGAUCAGGUUGUUAUUGCAUUUACGUAUCGGAGGGAUGGAGCACUUGUGAGCUGUAAGUACCGGAACAUGACCAAAAAGUUUUGGCAGGAAGCUGAUACUUUAAAAAUAUUCUAUGGUCUCGACGAUAUAAAGGGAGCAAGUGAUAUCAUCAUUGUUGAGGGUGAGAUGGACAAGCUUGCUAUGGAAGAAGCAGGCUUUCGGAAUUGUGUGAGCGUUCCAGAUGGCGCUCCUCCAUCUAUUUCAGAUAAAGAUUUGCCGCCUGUUGAUAAGGACACAAAGUAUCAGUAUCUUUGGAACUGCAAAGAAUAUUUGGAAAAGGCAUCUCGCAUAAUACUGGCAACUGAUGGGGAUCCACCUGGUCAAGCAUUAGCUGAAGAGCUUGCCCGCCGGUUAGGGAGAGAAAGGUGCUGGCGAGUUACAUGGCCAAAAAAGAGCACUAUAGACCACUUCAAAGAUGCAAAUGAGGUACUUAUGUGUCUGGGGCCUGGUGCUCUGAGGGAGGUUAUUGAAGGUGCAGAGCUGUACCCGAUACAAGGAUUAUUCGACUUUAAAAAUUACUUUACUGAGAUUGAUGCAUAUUAUCACCAAACAAUUGGCUACGAGCUUGGGGUUCCAACUGGAUGGAGGUCCUUAAAUCAACUAUACAAUGUUGUGCCUGGAGAGUUGACUAUUGUUACAGGAGUCCCAAACUCGGGGAAGAGUGAGUGGAUUGAUGCUCUUUUAUGCAAUCUCAAUCACAGUGUUGGCUGGAAAUUUGCACUUUGCUCUAUGGAAAACAGGGUACGGGAGCAUGCUAGGAAACUUUUGGAGAAGCACAUAAAGAAACCUUUUUUUGAUGUGAGAUAUGGAGAAUCUGUUGAACGGAUGAGCGCUCAGGAGUUUGAAGAGGGAAAGCAAUGGCUCAGUGAUACAUUUUUCCUCAUAAGGUGUGAGAAUGAUUGCCUACCGAAUAUUGACUGGGUUCUCUCGCUUGCAAAAGCUGCAGUUUUAAGACAUGGGGUGAAUGGACUUGUAAUUGACCCAUACAAUGAACUUGAUCAUCAACGUCCUUCAAGCCAGACCGAAACAGAGUAUGUCAGCCAGAUGCUGACGAAGAUAAAACGGUUUGCACAACAUCAUUCCUGUCAUGUUUGGUUUGUUGCACAUCCGAGACAGUUGCAUCAUUGGGUAGGAGGUCCUCCAAAUCUGUACGAUAUUAGUGGAAGUGCACACUUCAUAAACAAAUGUGACAAUGGUAUUGUUAUUCAUCGAAACAGAGACCCUUCAGCCGGCCCCGUGGAUCAAGUGCAGGUUUGUGUAAGAAAGGUACGGAAUAAAGUUAGUGGAACAAUUGGUGAUGCCUUCUUAUCAUAUGACAGGGUUACUGGUGAAUUCAUGGACAUUGAUGAGCACCCAAGGAAAGGCUAGCUAGCUAAUUCUGGAUAUUCUUCCAUUGUACAUAAGUGGAAUGAUACUCGACUUUUGAUGACUGAUCACAGUGCUCCUAGAAGAAGUUUGGAGCAAUAUUGUGUGGAAAAUCAGGCAGAAAAAUCUCACAGUGGUUGGCAUACAUAUAUGUGGUGGAGGCGUGGAGCAUUGUGCCUAGUGAAGUUCUUCGCUUUAGUGGCUCUUGUAAGAUAAGGCAACAAGCAACUAUUAAGCUUAGAACAUCCAUUUUCUUAGGGCGGCGGUGUUGGAAGCUUUAAAAUUUACCUCUUGUUGAAUUGUUCAGUAAGUGUGCUUGAUUCCUGGCAGAUUAAAUUAGUCUGAUAGUGCUUAGGUGAUCAAAUGUCAUAUUCUCAAGUUACAUUUGUUUUAGUGGUGGUUUAUUGGUUCUGUUAAGUUGUAAAAUUAAUUGGGUUGAUCCCAAUAGGAAAUAUUAAUGAUUGAUUGUAGGCAUCCUUCUCUCACAGAUAUUAUUGGCUUUGCCUAUGUAUUCACUAUAUU